UGAAGGAACUGACGGACCUCCUUCUGCAGGGCGGGGUACAAAGGAUGGCCCCCCAGGUUGCUGAUGCCAAGAAAGAAAAGGAGAAGGGGGGAAAGAAGAAGAAAAAGCAGCAACAGCAGCAAGGAUCACCCCCCCAAAACUCUACGGUUGUUACUCCAGAAAGCCUUCCCUCUACAAGCAGUCGUGAAACACAGGGGUUUGUGAUGUCUGACACAGCAACCAACUCCCAGAAACCGGAAGAGCUAGAAGUUUGGAAAACGACCGACAUUCCCACAAUCCCCAGCAGAGCGGAACGUCGGGAUGGAAGCGGUGCGCCUUCUAAAACGGUCCCUCAGGAUACGGAGGAGGCAACGAGGUUCCCCAGCCGAUCAACUCUGAGGAAUCCGAGGAAGGUCCGUUCUCCCGGGGAUCUUCAAAUUGGGGGACCCUCAGUAGGACGCUGGUGGAAUUACGGGCCUUAUCCUGGACCUCAAGGAGCAAAGAGGAUUAAGAAGGAAGGAGAACCAGCCUCGGUGGGUCUUGAUUCUGCGUGCCUCCGAGGUCAGAAGGGAGAAAAGGGCUUUCCUGGAAACAAAGGGAUCAAAGGUGAAAAGGGAGACCCAGGAGAGGCAGGAGAAGCAGCUGUGAAGGGAAGCAAGGGCAGCGACGGCGAAGUGGGUCAAAAGGGAGAACCAGGGAUUGGUUUCCGGGGUCCUGUAGGGCAAGCUGGCCCUCCUGGACGUAAGGGCGAACCUGGAGCACCAGGGCCUGCUGGAGCACAAGGUGUCCAGGGAAUCCGGGGUAAUCCCGGUACACCAGGGUCCCAGGGAGAAAGGGGGGCCCCAGGCCCACCUGGAGCUCUUGGGCAAAAGGGGGAAGCAGGGAAAAGAGGCCGGACUGGAUCGAUGGGACCAAAAGGCCCGCCUGGAUCUCCUGGAACAGAGGGAAAGCCGGGUGCCCCGGGGAACAAAGGCAACAAGGGGGACAGCGGCCUUGGCGUACCUGGUCCCAGAGGCUACCUGGGUUUUCCAGGCCCGCAGGGGGAAGAAGGAAGCGCUGGCCUUCGUGGUCCUCUAGGUGUGACGGGGCAGAAAGGCCCUGCUGGUUUAAAAGGAGAAAAGGGUGACGUUGGCAUUCCUGGACUCAAAGGAGAGAAAGGAGAUUCGAUCACAAUCCUUGGACCUCAAGGCUACAAGGGCAAUAAAGGAGAUACGGGGGAACGAGGUCCUCCAGGCUUUGACGGGGACAAGGGCGAGAAAGGAGAAGAUGGCCCUUUUGGAGAAAAGGGGAUGAAGGGAGACCCGGGGGCCAAAGGAAUGAUGGGGUUUUUUGGCAGAAGAGGCCCCGUAGGGCAGAAGGGUGAAAUUGGAGAACCUGGCCUGACUGGACUUGCUGGAACUGCCGGUCUGAAUGGGAGGAAUGGAGCGAAAGGGGAAAAAGGAGAUCGAGGCAUGCAGGGGCGAAAAGGAGAGCCGGGUGAAAAGGGACUUCCCGGAACGGUUGGGGACACCGGGAGGAAAGGGUCAAAGGGUUUACGUGGCUUGCAAGGAAAAACGGGGUCUCCCGGUUCAGACGGAGUGAAGGGGGAAGCCGGCAUCACUGGCAAACCAGGAAUCCCGGGUGCAGAAGGAAACCAGGGAUCCAAGGGGGAGCGUGGCAUGUCCGGCACCAACGGUCCCAAGGGCAUUGUGGGGCAAAAAGGAGAAAAGGGGGCCAAAGGUGUUCCUGGCUUGGCUGGCUUCAAGGGCCAAGGGGGCCUUUCUGGCAAGGCUGGCGUUCCUGGACCGCUGGGGAACCAAGGACCACCAGGUGACCCAGGACCGCAGGUCUUGGGCCUGCUAUAUUUCUCAGCCAGCAUCACAAUUAUUAUUUUUUUAAGGCCUUCAGACUAUUAAGAGAAUGAAUCAAAC